CCGGACCCGGACCGGCGGGAUGGCUGGCUGCGGCGAAGUGGACCAUUCCAUCAACAUGCUUCCCACCAGCAGGAAGGCRGGCGAGUCCUGCGCCAGCGCCGCUCCUUCGCUGCCCGUGCCCGAGUGCGCUAUUUGCCUGCAGACGUGCGUGCACCCCGUGAGCCUGCCCUGCAAGCACGUCUUCUGCUACCUGUGCGUGAAGGGGGCCUCGUGGCUCGGGAAGCGCUGCGCGCUCUGCCGGCAGGAGAUUCCCGAGGACUUCCUUGACAAGCCGACCUUGCUGUCGCCCGAGGAACUCAAGGCGGCGAGCAGGGGCAAUGGCGAGUAUGCCUGGUACUACGAAGGCAGAAACGGCUGGUGGCAGUACGAUGAACGUACCAGCAGAGAGCUGGAAGAUGCCUUUUCCAAAGGCAAAAAGAGCACUGAAAUGCUAAUUGCUGGGUUUCUAUACGUAGCGGAUCUCGAAAAUAUGGUUCAGUAUAGGAGAAACGAGCAUGGACGGCGCAGGAAAAUCAAGCGGGACAUAGCGGAUAUACCAAAGAAGGGGGUGGCCGGGCUGCGGCUGGACUGCGAGGGCAGCGGCGCGGCGGCGCGCGAGAGCUCCGCGGACGGCGCGGACAGCGAGGCCGUGACGCCGGGCGCCGCGGCCGGGCAGCCGCCGGGCGGCGCGAGGCCGCUGCCGCCGCGCGCCGCCCACCCCGCGAGCCCCUCGCCGCCCUCGCCCGACGCGAGCGCCGCCCUCGAGACCUCCCUGGCGCAGCUGCACUUGGGCGCGGAGAGCGCCGCCGAGAGGAGCCACAGCGCGGAGGGGCAGGAGGGCCACGCGGCGGCCGCCAGGGUGCCGGCGCCCGACGCCUCUGCGGAGGAAACCGAGUCGGAUGCCAGCAGUGACAGCGAGGCUGCGGCCGCCCCCGACGCGCUGCCCAGCCCGGGCGCGGCCCCGCGGAGGCAGCCGAGCGCCACGCAGGCGGGAGCGGAGCGGGACGGAGCUGCCGGCAGCAGCGCCAGCGCGAGGCGGCCGGACGGACAGUGCACCGUGACGGAGGUUUAAAGUAAAAACUCGGUGCUGGGUCUGUACACUGGCUAUCUGCGGCGGCACCACACUCCACCUCGCGGCACGCUGCGGGGAGAUGGGUGAAGGGGAGAAGUGGAUCUGGCCUCUCUAACUUAAGUCUCACUAACAUGUCUCRGCUGGAAGGCUCUAACUGUAAGAAACUGGGUUGCCUGGUUGAUGGUUGGAAAGCUGCUUAGCAAUACCCAGUUUUCUUGAAAAUGUCUUGUGUUCAUUUUGUAGAAUUUUCCCCUUGAAAUUCCUUGAUCCCUUUUUGGCCAAUGUAUAUCUACUGUACAACUUGAAUUGUCUUCAUUAUCUGACUGUUGCAUUAAGUGUCUUACUACUUUCUGCAUGGAUUGAUGUAUGAAAAGAACACUAAAGGAAUGUGGGAGCGGACAAGGUGUUGGGUGUGAGCAAGAGGCUUAAAUUAAUGUGAGAAAAAUAGAUGUGAGCUUGGAGUUAAAAUGUGUUUCUACUAGACAGAGCAGUCAUUACCUUCCUGCAGUGGAAAUGUAAAAAUGCUAUUAACUUUUGUUGCAGACUCUUUACCUAUAUACUUUUCAUGGCAUUUUCACUGGCUUUGCCAUCUAGUCCUUGUAGUUUUGUUUU